AUGAAGUUCCUCGCCGCCGCUUCUAUCCUGGCUGCCGCCGCCUCGGCACUCCCCACCCUCGUUGAGAUCGACCCCCGUGGUCAGACUCAGUGUGAGAAGGGCAAGCCCCGCACUGUUUCGAUCGUCAUCGACUCCUCGGGCUCGAACAAGGACAACGACCCUAAGGACCGCCGUCUUGACGCCGCCUCCGCCAUCAACCACUACCUCGACGGCGGCGACCGCGUUGCGGUCACCAAGUUCGGCCCCCGCGCCGAGACCAUCUACAAGCUCGGCGCCCCUGGCGCUGGUGUUGACAGCGCCAUCCGCCGCAUCUACGCCAACGGUGGCACCAAUGUCUACCAGGGUCUCGAGGCUGGUUUCGAUCAGCUCUGGAACGCCCACGACAACUCGGCCCUUGUCAUCUUCACUGACGGCCUUGACGACCCCGCCAGGCCCCAGGACAAGUCCAAGAAGCUCGCUGCCCUCGCCCAGGCUAAGCAGCAGGGUAUCCGUGUCUCGUGGGGCCACCUCAGCUACCCCACCACCAAGACCAAGCAGAAGGGUGGCCUGAUCGGUGCCAUCUGGGACAUCAUCACCACCGGCCACAACAACGGCAAGACCACCGAGAUCAUCCCCGGCCCCAUCAUCGACGCCGACAUCUCGGCCGCUGCCCUCGCCACCGGUGGUUCCGUCGCUACUCUCUCUGACGCCGAGGCUUUCAACAAGUUCGUCGAGACCAUCAUCAAGAACGGUCUGACCAACAACGACGCCGCGUGCACUGGCGGCAACGACAUUGACGAGUCCGGUGGCCCCAUCAACAACAACAUCACCUCGUACGGUCUCUGCUCCAACAACGCCGCUGCCACCUUCACCUACAAGGCCGAGAAGAAGGAGAAGCUCGCCGUCACCGUUGAGCUCGUCUCCACCAAGAACAAGGUCCAGCUCGCUGCCACUCUCGAGAACAAGGCUACCGGCGUCAAGUCGUCCGUCACCGUCAACGGCGGCAACCCCUCGCAGAUCCUCACUGGCGCCGCUGAGCCCGGACAGGACAUUGUCGUUCAGAUCAACCCCUCCGGUGCCUCUGACGACCAGUGCCAGUACACUGUCAAGCUUAACGUCAUCCCCGAGGACAUUGCUUCGUCGCUCUCCCUCUCGCCUUCGCCUUCCGCUACCCCCUCGUCGUCGGUGACCCCCUCGUCGUCGGCUACCCCUUCGUCGUCUGCUACUCCCUCGUCGUCGGCUACGCCCUCGUCGUCUGCUACUCCCUCGUCGUCGGCCACCCCUUCGUCUUCGGCCACCCCUUCGUCUUCGGCCACUCCCUCGUCCUCCGCCACCCCUUCGUCUUCGGCUACUCCCUCGUCGUCGGCCACCCCCUCUUCCUCGGCCACCCCUUCUUCGUCGGCUUCCCCUUCGUCGUCUGCCACGCCCUCUUCUUCGGCCACUCCCUCGUCGUCGGCUACGCCCUCUUCGUCGGCUACUCCCUCUUCGUCGGCCACUCCUUCCUCGUCGGCCACUCCUUCGACUUCGGCCACUCCCUCGUCGUCGGCCGGCCCCGAGCCCACCACCUCGUGCCCCGCUCCCCCCGAGGCCUCCACCGCCACCGUCACCUCCACUGUGAUCCAGACCGUCACCGCGCCCGCUCCCUCGGCCACCGCCUCGGUCUGUAUCUGCAAGUGUGACGCCCCCGGCGCCAAGCCCAUGCCCAAGUUCGAGCUCUAA